AUAGAACAAAGAUAACUAUAUCUUAUCAGAUAUGCUUUCUUAUAAUUUUCAACUUUCCUCUAUUGACUAAAUUCUUCUUGCUUUUAUUAAUCAUAUGAUUGUUGUUAUUUCGUUUUACGAUGUAAUUAAAAAUAUUUGAAUACGUUAGUAACCAUCAGUGAUUGAUCAGAAGAAGAAACGAUAACCUAAAUAUUUUACUUUUUUGAAAUAUUAAAAUGCCAAAAAAAAAGACGGGUCAGAGAAGAAAAGCUGAAAAGCAAAAAUUAAGACAAAAAGAAAUUAGGACUGCUAAAGAACAAAUAGACAUAGCAAAGUUACCAUGUAAUACAGUAAUGGAAUGUGAUAAGUGCAAUAAAAAACAGAAAAGUCGUGCUUUUUGUUAUUUUUGUCAACAUGUGCAACGCUUACCAAUGUGUGCACAUUGUGGCAAAGUAAAAUGUAUGUUAAAAACGGGAGAUUGUGUUAUAAGACAUCCUGGUAUAUUCACUACAGGUCUGGGGAUGGUAGGAGCUAUAUGUGAUCAUUGUGAAGCUUGGGUUUGUCAUGGGAGACGUUGUUUAACUACUCAUGCAUGUACUUGUCCAUUAAUGGAUGCUAUUUGUCAAGAAUGUGAAAGAGGAGUAUGGGAUCAUGGUGGAAGAAUAUUCCGCUGUUCUUUCUGUAAUUGUUUCCUUUGUGAAGAUGAUCAAUUCGAACAUCAAGCAUCAUGUCAAGUAUUAGAAGCUGAAAGUUUCAAAUGCCAGUCUUGUAAUCGUUUAGGACAAUAUUCAUGUCUCAGAUGUAAAACAUGUUAUUGCGAAGAUCAUGUGCGUAGAAAAGGAUUUAAAUAUGAAAAGAAUAAACCUAUACCUUGUCCCAAAUGUGGGUAUGAAACAUCGCAAACUAAGGACCUUAGUAUGUCUACAAGAAGUCAUAAAUUUGGUAGACAAACUCAGGCUGGACCAUAUGAUUCCGACGAAGAAAAUAGUUAUAAUGAUUAUGGUACUAAUGAUGCUGAAUGUUAUGGUGGUUCAGAAUAUUAUAUUGCUAAUGAUGAUGAAGAAGAUGAAGAUGAAAAUGAAAACGAUGAUGAUGAAGAAGAGGAACAAGAAGAUGAAUCUUCAAGUGAGGAUGAAGUAAAGGAUAGUGAUAAACUGACGAAAGAAAUAUAAAAAUCCUUUAGUAAUAAUGUGAACUUAACACAUGGAAAAUAUACAAAAAAGCAUGAAAAUUAAAAAUUACUAUAUGAACCA